GUUCAUUUUCGUUGCCGCGCUAGAUAAGAGGGAAAAAAAACUAAAUAUAUCAGUUUUCUCCAGCACUUAAACCCCAACAAAAUCCCACUUCAACACUCAAAAGCUCACAACAUUCAUCCAUGGAAGCUCUGCAAGGAGCCCUCCCUCAAAUCUCAAACCCCCAAUUCGAACCCAACACUGAUAAAAUCAAACGCAACCUCACCAACAAAGGCGUCCACCCAACUCCCAAAAUCGUCCACACUCUCCGCAAGAAACAAAUCCAGAAACACAACCGCAAACUCAACCGCCUCAACGAACAAGACCCACCUCUCUCCGAGUCCCAAAGCCAAGCCCUUUCCGAAGAAACCCAUUUCCAAACCCUCAAAGCCGAGCACAGAAGCUUCACCAGAGCCGUGAAAUCAAAGAAUGGUGGAGGUGAAUUGACGGUUGGGAUGCCUUGGGAGAGAGUGGAGAGAAUUGGGUUCCGGGAGCUGGCGAGUAGUAGCGGAGAGUACGGCGGAGAGAAGCUGAAGAAGGAGGAGUUGAAUGCAUUGAGGGAAAUGUUCGAAACCCGAAAAAGGGAGGAGCUGAAAUGGGUGUUGGAUGAUGAUGUGGAGAUAAAAGAGGAGUGGUUUGAUGGUGAGAAUAGGGUGUCGGACCCGGCGAAGCGGCGGCGUGGCGAGGGGGAGGUGAUUCAGUUUCUUGUUGAGAGGCUUAGUGGUACGGAGUUUUCAUUGAGACUGGAAGCUUUGGAGGAUGAUGAAGCAGUCAGGUUUGGAGUUCACUGAGGGGCAGGUUCUUAAGGUUCUGAAUGGACUUGGUGCUAAGAAAUGUUGGAAACAGGCACUGUCUGUUGUGGAAUGGGUUUAUAAGGACAGGGGCAAUAAACACUGCAAAAGCAGUUAUGUUGUUGAUGCUGCUGAUCCUGAUAACUUGAGCACCUCAAGAGGGGAACUUCAUGAUUUGCUUAGCAAAUCCUCACUUAAUGGUAUCCCAUUGCUGAUCCUGGGUAACAAGAUUGAUAAACCGGGAGCUCUGAGUAAACAAGCUUUGACUGAUGAAAUGCAAGACACAUCAUGGUUUUAGUAAUUAUUCUGCAUUAUUGUAUUAUUUCAUCCCCUGCCAUCCGUCAGUUCAGAAAAAUAUCUGCCCACCCAGAAAGAAAACUAGGCAUCUUGUUCUGGAACUGAAAUUUGUAUUGUGUUAUGCAGGGGACUCAAGUCAAAUACUGUUAGAGAAUUAUGUUGCUCCAUGAUCUCAUGCAAGAACUCAACCAACAUAGACUCAGUUAUUGAUUGGCUUGUAAAGCAUUCCAAAUCAAAAGGCUGAGUGUCUUCUUCUCUUUGGUUUUGAUUUCUGUGUGCUAUAAUAUUACAAAUUUUUCAUGUAUGGGUUGUUGUUGGUGGGAUUCACUGGUCUAACUUGAUUGUUGAUUGGUUUAUGUGUGUAAUUUUCCCUGUAUCAUUUCUGAUUCCA